GCUUCCCGUUAGCCCCGACAAAGCUGCAAUAUCCGAGCGCUGACAUUGCGAAGAUGGAGGCUGUUGUGGUUUAGAGCAGGCUCCGCGGAAAGCACAGCCAGCGAGUUCUCUGAAGCCUGUUAUGACAACGUGCCCAGCUGGUCCAGGUGGGAGGCAGGAGGCGUGAGCCAGGAGCACCAGACACCAGCAGCAGCAUGUACUCGGAGUGGCGCUCGCUGCAGUUGGUGGUACAGAGCGACCAGGGUCACCUCAGCGUCCUGCACGCCUACCCUCCCAGCGUGGGCACAGAGGUGGCAAAUGCGGUGGUCAGACCCCUGGGCACAGCCGUGAGCCCCGUGGCCACCGAAAACAUCCUCAAGACGGACAAAGAGGUGAAGUGGACCAUGGAGGUGCUUUGCUACGGCCUGACCCUCCCCUUAGAGGGGGACACGGUCAAGCUGUGUGUGGACGUGUACACGGACUGGAUGAUGGCCCUGGUGUCGCCCAGGGACUCCAUGCCCCAGCCCGUGGUGAAGGAGCCCAACAUGUACGUCCAGACCAUCCUCCGGCAUCUCUACAACGUGUUUGUGCCAAGGCCUGAGCAGCACAGCCUGAACCACAUCAGGCUCUGCCAGCAGGUUCUGACUGCGGUCCAGAAGCUGGCGCGGGAGUCUGCGUCCAUGGUGAGGGAGACCUGGGAGGUGCUGCUGCUCUUCCUGCUGCGCAUCAACGACACCCUGCUUGCGCCGCCGUCGGUUGGCGUCGGUGUGGCCGAGAAACUAGCAGACAAGCUGAUGGCGGUGCUGUUUGAGGUGUGGCUGCUCGCGUGCGCCCGCUGCUUUCCCACGCCGCCAUAUUGGAAGACCGCAAGGGAGAUGCUGUCCAAUUGGAGACAUCACCCUCCUGUGGUGGAGCAGUGGAGCAGAGUAGCCUGUGCUCUGACUUCAAGGCUGUUGCGGUUUACUCACGGACCGUCCUUCCCGCCGUUUAAAGUGUCCGAUGAAGAUGCCAACCUGAUUCCCGUGGAGAUGGACAACGACUGCGUGGCUCAGACGUGGUAUCGCUUCCUCCACAUGAUCGGCAACCCGGUGGACUUGAGCAACCCCGCCAUUGUCAGCACCACCCCCAAGUUUCAAGAGCAGUUUCUGAGCUCGAGCGGGAUCCCCCACGAAGUAGUGUUGCAUCCAUGUUUGAAGCAGCUACCCCAGAUCUUCUUCAGGGCCAUGAGGGGCAUCAGCUUCCUCGUGGAUGCAUUCCUAGGUGUCUCUGUUGCAAAGAAAGAUGUACGCGAGAGGGCGUUCUCUUUUUGCCCCGUGCUGCUCUCUCAUGGUAUAUCCCGUCCCCGGGCGGACAGUGCCCCGCCCACCCCGGUGAACAGAUUGAGCAUGUCGCCGCCCCCCUCCAUCGCCAACACCACGCCCCCACACAGCCGCAAGCAGCGGCACGCAGUCGUCACGAAAACCGCCAGCAAGAGCUCGACCAGCGGCAGCAGUCAACCAGCCAAAGCUUCCCAGCAGCAGCAGCAGCAGCCGUCCUCUUCCCCGACGCUGCUUUCCAGCCCCAACCAGAGCAGCUGGGAGGCGCGGCCCCUGCCGGCGCCGGCGCGGCCCAAGGUCAACAGCAUCCUCAACCUGUUCGGCCAGUGGCUCUUCGACGCCGCUCUGGUGCACUGCAAGCUCCACAGCGGCCUGAGCCGAGACCCCAGCAUGACGGCCUCUUUUAUCCAAAUUCUCCUUUCUUAUAAAUCUUCGAUAGCCACCCAGAUGGGUUUGGAGCUCAGAAGGAAGGGCUCCCAGAUGUCCACAGACUCCAUGGUGCCCAACCCUCUCUUCGACAUCAACGAGUUCCCCGAGAGCUACGAGGCAGGACGGGCCGAGGCGUGCGGCACACUCUGUCGCAUCUUUUGUAGCAAAAAAACCGGAGAGGAUAUUCUUCCUGUUUACCUGUCCAGGUUCUACAUGGUUCUGAUUCAGGGUCUCCAGAUCUCUGAUUUCAUCUGCAGACCCGUCUUGGCUUCUAUCAUUCUCAACUCCUCGUCUCUUUUCUGCACCGACCUGAAGGGCAUCAAUGUCGUUGUGCCCUAUUUCAUUGCUGCUCUGGAGACUAUUUUGCCAGACAGGGAGCUGUCCAAAUACAAGAUGUACGUGAACUCUACAGACUUGAGGAGAGCUUCCAUUAAUAUCCUUCUUGCCAUGCUGCCUCUGCCGCACCACUUUGGCAACAUUAAAUCUGAGGUUCUGUUGGAGGGCAAGUUCAACGAGGAAGACGGCUGGCCCCAUGACCAGCCCGUGUCCUUCUUGUCUCUGAGGCUACGUCUCGUUAACGUCCUCAUCGGAGCUCUGCAGACCGAGACGGAUCCCACCAACACCCAGCUAAUCCUCGGUGCAAUGCUAAAUAUCGUUCAAGACUCGGCGCUGUUGGAGGCCAUAGGAGCGCAGACCGAAACCGGCAGCGUAGAUGGAAGCCACGCCACGCUGAGAAGUCAGAGUCACAGUCGCACCAACAGCGGCAUCAGCUUCAACAGCGGCGGCAGCACGGAGGCCACCAGUCCAGACUGCGAGCGCCCCGCGCAGGCGCUGCUCCGAGACUAUGCUCUUACAGAUACGGCGGCAGGCCUGCUGGUGCGCAGCAUCCACCUGGUCACACAGAGGCUGAAUUCUCAGUGGAGUCAAGAUAUGAGCAUUUCGCUUGCUGCCCUGGAGCUGCUGGCGGGGCUCGCCAAGGUGAAGGUGGGAGUCGACUCCGCGGACCGUAAGCGGGCCGUCAGCUCCAUCUGUAGCUACAUCGUGUACCAGUGUAGCCGGCCGGCUCCUCUCCAGUCCAGAGACCUUCACUCCAUGAUCGUGGCCGCCUUCCAGUUUCUCUGCGUGUGGCUCACCGAGCACCCAGACAUGCUGGACGAGAAGGACUGUUUGAUGGAGGUUUUGGAGAUAGUGGAGCUGGGAAUCUCCGGGAGCAAGUCUCGCCAUGAGCAGGAAGUUCGUCACAAGGCAGAGAAGGAGCACAAUCCAGCUUCGAUGAGGGUGAAGGAUGCCGCCGAGGCCACUCUGUCUUGCAUCAUGCAGGUGUUGGGAGCCUUCCCUUCUCCCAGCGGACCCGCGUCCACCUGCAGCCUGCUGAACGAAGACACGCUGAUUCGCUACGCCAGACUAAGCGCGACGGGAGCCAGCAACUUCCGCUACUUCGUCCUGGACAACUCCGUGAUUCUUGCGAUGCUGGAGCAGCCUCUUGGCAACGAGCAGAACCCCAGUCCGUCGGUGACCGUCCUGAUCCGGGGAACGGCCGGCAGACACGCCUGGACCAUGCAGCUCUUUCAUCAACCAAGAGGAGCUCGUGCCAACCAGAGGACGUUCGUCCCCGAGAGCCGGCCGACGCCAAACAACGACGUGGGCGUCAGAUACAAUGUCAAACAAAGGCCCUUCCCAGAGGAGGUGGAUAAGAUCCCCCUCGUUAAAGCCGAUGUCAGCAUCCCAGACCUGGAUGAUAUUGUCAGUAAGGAGGUGAGUUGUUUGGGCUGGGAGGAGGAUCCAGCAGCCACCAGUGCAUUGAUGAGUAAAUGCCUGGAAAUUCAGCACGAGAAGCUGCGCAACCUGAUGGCCAAGCAGAUAGACUUUGAGAGCACUCUGGAGCGCCGCGGCGAGGAGCUCUUAAAGUCCAAGUCUUUCCCCGACCCGCACACGGACUGCAAACCCCCCCCUCCCUCCCAGGAGUUCCAGACAGCGCGCCUCUUCCUCUCUCACUUUGGGUUUCUGUCUCUGGAAGCACUGAAAGAACCAAACAACAGCCGCCUACCUCCUCAUCUGAUCGGCCUGGACUCGUCCCUGCCGGGGUUUUUCGACGACGUCAGCUACCUGGAUCUGCUGCCCUGCCGGCCGUUCGACACCGUCUUCGUUUUCUACGUCAGGGCAGGACAGAAAAGCAGCUCUGAGAUUUUGAGGAAUGUGGAGUCAUCAGCCACAGUCCAGGCCCACUUCCUGGAGUUCCUGUUGUCUCUGGGCUGGCCCGUGGACGUGAGGCAUCAUCCCGGGUGGACGGGCCACCUGGACACCAGCUGGUCCCUGAACUCCUGCUUUGACGGCACCGACCUCCAAGCAGAGGAAGCAGCUACUCCUGAGGACACUGGAGGGUCGGUGUUCAACGGAGAGAAGAAGGUUUUGUACUACGCCGAUGCGCUCACAGAGAUCGCCUUUGUCGUUCCCUCUCUAACAGAAAACUCAGAGGAGUCGUCUGUUCACAGCGACUCCACGGUGGAGGCAGACACCAACAUGGACCUCGUACCCGGAAAGCAGUCCAGUCUGACGCUGGAGCUCUUCCCCAACCACUCUGAGAGCCUAGAGUCUGCUAAGAAGCUGAGUCCCUUGGUGAAGACAAAGAGGUCGUCUACCGGAAAGUCUUACCCCCAGCUAGGCCCCGAGACCAAGGUGUUUGUGGUCUGGGUGGAACGCUUCGACGACAUCGAGAACUUCCCCUUAUCUGAUCUGUUGGCGGAAACCAGCACAGGCUUGGAGGCCAGCAUGAGCAACAGCACUUCCUGCAGGUCAGGGUUGUUGGAAAAGGACGUUCCUCUGAUCUUCAUCCACCCCUUGAAGACGGGACUGUUCCGGAUUCGGCUGCACGGAGCCGUGGGCAAGUUUGGCAUGGUGAUUCCCCUGGUGGACGGCAUGGUGGUCAGCCGCCGGGCUCUGGGGUUCCUUGUGCGUCAAACGGUGAUCAACGUCUGUAGACGGAAGCGCCUGGAAAGUGACUUGUACAACCCUCCGCCUGUGAGGCGAAAACAGAAAAUCACAGAAAUCGUGCAGCGUUACCGCAACAAACAGCUGGAGCCGGAGUUCUACACCUCCCUCUUCCACGAGGUCGGCGAGGGAAAGCCUCACCUCUAACCCCGCCCCCUCCGUCCUGUCCUGUCCUAACACUGGCUCACAAGCGCACACACACACACACACACACACCGCACACACUCUUAUACUGAACCUGUACACAACACACAGCUGCGUGCACACACACACACACACACACACAAAAUCUUUAUAUUUAUACUGUACUAUUUUGUUAUUUAUAUGAAUACAUAUAUCAACACUGUCUGCCUUUGACUCUAGGAUCAAAGUGUCAAAAACCAUGCCAAGGUGAGGGGAAACGUCACCGUUUCUGCAUCCCGGCCACUCACUCGAGAUCUGAAUAGGGAACGUUUAACAACCCCUGUCUUUGUUCUUUAGGUUCGUGCUUUGCAGCAAAAAAAAAAAGAAAAAAAAAGGUUUGCUUGGUCUUUAAUGCAAUACAUCAGUAACACUGUUGGCCUUGUUAAAACUUUGCUCCCUACACAUGUGUGAUGCUAGAUGAUUUCAUGAGGUUUAGUAACACUAAAUUGUGCCCAAAUCUGUUUUUUUUUUUUUUUUUUUUUUUUUUUUUGUCCCAAUGCAUCUUUUUUUUUUUUGUUUGCCAAGGAAACAAACGUUUAAUCAAUAUUACCAUGUUUUGCAAUAUAAAAAGAACUUAAGCAAAGUUGACCCAUAAUCUUAUUUUGCCACAAACUAUCGACAGCCAGAUUCUUACUAACGCCAGCUCUAGUCUUCCUCCUGCAAACACACAUUUGGCCGGGCUGAACACAGACUCUGUUGAUGGAUUCUCUCAGAUUUGUAGGAUUUCUUGUGUUUUACUAUGGAUGUCAUUUUUGACACCCCUGUGCUUUGUGCAUGGCUCUCCUGUCACACAACCGCCACUACCCUAUAUAUAUAUAUGUGUGUGUGUGUGUGUGUUUGCACGUGUGUGUGUGUGUACAUGACGAUUUGUUUGCUUGUUCUGCCAGUCAGUCGACACUACAUGAGGUCAGGGAGCUCUAAGAGCUCUGCACGUGGCAUUUGAAAAAUUGAAAUCUGUCACUUUAAAUCAAUGAGAAUCUCAAUAUUUUACACUUUUUUUUUUUCUUUGUCUUUUUUUUUGUUGUUUUUGUUUGUUUCUUUCCAGCAUUUGUUAACCAAGACCAGGUUAGUUUAUCACUAGUGCUUUGAGUUUACCGAUGGCGCGCACUUGAUGUUUGCAGGGCUGCCCUUAGAUUAACCGCAGCUCGGUUUUAGGCGUGAAGCCUCUGCUGAAACCAAACUGAACCAUUGCACAGUUUCUCCUGAACGGCAUCUGCGCCACAGUUUUUUUUUUUUUUUUUUUCUCCGGCCAACGCGCCCGUUGUGGCUAGCAACAUAAAGUACAGUGCGCACACCUUAAGCCCGCCUCCACGUGUAACAGGAAAAGGCUGAAGGUUUCUGCACAACGCUCGGUCAGCUCGGUCAGAUUUGCUGAUUUAAGCUGCAUUUCCUUUAAAAUCCUCCAAGCGUAACAAAAAAAAUGCACGUUUGACUUCUCAGUUCUGUUAGGUUAGCAGUUUUGGCCUUAACAAACGUGCGUCUGACUUUAGUUUUGCUUAACGAAUAGUUUCACUCGUGUUUAUUCACUGUAGCUUGGAUUUGAUGGACGCCCUCUGACUGCCUGUAAUAAUGUGAAUUUAUUUAUCACAGAGUUGGAACAGGGCAAACACCUCUUAGUUUCUUUGGUAUAUAUUGGAAAGUCUUAAUGCACUGAGCACAUUUUAAAGUUGUUGUUUUUUUUCUUUUCUUUUUGUUACCUUACAUGUCUUUUUGUACUUUUUUGCAUUUUGAGAGAAAACCCCUGCUGAAGGAAGAGUUUUAUCUUGUGAAAUAUGAACGAAGAGGCGGCUUUGUGGAGUUUUUAACCUAUCAUGUCUAAUUGUGACUCACUUUUUAUGACAGUGCUUGUAUGCACACGCCUUUUCUGGAAGGAGAGUUCAUUAAAUACGCUUCAACGAAAACCGCAUACAAUCAGUCACACGUUGCAUCCUGUUACUCCUGCUAUUGGACUGUAUUUAAGGACUUGCUAUGUACAGAAGUGGAAGAUUUGUAAAUAUAUGAUAGCCUAAGGCAUUCACAUGUUGUCUGUUGUGUUCCUCGGCGGAGGCGACAGGGAAAAAAAAAAAAAAAAUGUAUGUAUGCAGUUACGUGUGGGAGGAAUGCAGUGGGGUUUUGAAUGUAACAUGCAUCAAUUAAAACUAUUAUUGACCUUU